AUGAGCUAUAUUUCAAAAGGAGAAGAAGCAACGCCAAGGCUUCAUCGGAUUCGUAUUACUUUAACAUCACGUAAUGUUAAAAAUUUAGAGAAAGUUUGUUCGGAUUUGACACGUCGUGCAAAAGAUAAAAGUUUGCGUGUAAAAGGGCCAGUUCGGUUACCGACAAAAGUUUUGAGGAUUACAACACGAAAGACACCAUGUGGUGAAGGAUCAAAAACGUGGGAAUGCUAUGAGAUGAGAAUUCAUAAGAGGCUUAUUGAUUUACAUUCGCCAACAGAGACGGUGAAACAAAUUACCUCGAUAAAUAUGGAAGCAGGGGUUGAAGUGGAAGUGACGAUCCAGCAGUCUUCUCAAUCAUCGUUGGGUGUUUGA